AUGGCGGCGGCCGGCAGUAAAUGGUCAUUCAAUUCCAGUGGCGGCUCGGCCACCUCGUCCUUCGGCCAGGACAGCGGCUACACCUCGUACCAGUCGGUGACGCCGAACAACACGUUCAAUGCGUCGUCACGCCACGGCGCCUCCGGGACGCUGGCCACCAUCGACGAGGCAAAUGAAACGGACUGCAGCAUGAACGAUAGCAGCUCCGGUUUACCGAUCGCAGCCCAAGUUCUAACUCCAAACACAGUCGCCAGCAUAGAUCGUAUCUCAAAUUUCCACCUUACCACUCCAAAAACACGCCGCUUGCCUUUCGACAGCUUGGCCGAGCCGAGCGUAGGUCCCGUUGACGCUCACGAAGGAUCGUUCACGCUGCCAACAACACCGGAACGCAGCGGCUCACGAGGCGGCUCCUUCGGAUCGUUUUUGCGUUCGCAAUCGUUUGAAACGUAUGAAACGCCCUUGCGCUCCGUGAACCGUUCGAUCCACCAGCACAGCCAGCAGACACCACACAAGGUGAAAAGUGGCCAAUCGCUGAAGCGCAAACUGCCCAGCUUUCGUGACAAAUUGCGCUCCGAGGGCGACACCGAGCUGCUACUUCUGGCUGACCUCGAAAACCGUGAGAACGAUCCCAAUGAUUCGCUUGAUGCAGACUGCCAGCGUCUUCCGGAGGACAUUUCACCGAUUCCCAACACGAAACGGCGCAAGCGUCACGAUGGCAUUGCGGAUCUGAUGCGCUCCAGCACACCGAAGACGGCCUGUUUCAAGACCGACGAAAAUCAGGACGCCAAUGUGCUGGCCGGGAAGCGUACGCUUCGCAAGUUUGUGAGCUUUAGCCCGGGCAAGCUGCAAACUGUUCGACACGGAAAGGUCGCCCUGCGACAACAGCAACUGGCUCCUGGAAAAGGGGGUCUGGUGCGCCAGAAUGCGUUCACCUGCGGUCCACUAACGCCUGAGAAAAAAGAGAAGCAACCGCUGCGCGUAAGAGAGCCGAAAACAAUCCAGGAGGAAGGGGACGAAGAGGCUGUCGGUGGAGAAACGGUCGCGCUGCAAUCGAUCAACUUGGGAGCGCUUCUCUCGGGACCCAUCUUAGAGGGGCAAGGUUCAAAGGACGAAAGUGGGCAGCUCGAAGACACUAUCGCGAGGGUGCCAUCGUUCGACGACUGCAGUUUAACGCCUUCGAAAGCCUUCGCGACGGAAGACGGUUGCGUGACACGCCAUGCGCCAAACUUUUCCUACAGUGCGGCGCUUACUUCGAUCGUCGAAGAAUCUCCACUUAAAUGGCAUCUUCUUGCCAGCCCGAAGCAGGCCAAAAUAAAACCGUGUCAGGGAGGCUCUGUCGCAAAGUCGGUGCGCAAACUAAAGCGUCUUGGCACGAACGGGAGUAACUCCAGUUCCAGUCUCAGCAGCCCAGGACCACGCUUCGAAUCUCGCUCCGCAACAAAGUGUCGCUCCCCGAAGCUUUGUCCCUUUCCGCUGUCCAAGCAAAGACGCACGUGUUACUACGAUGGGAAAGAAUACGUCGACAUCUUGCACCGACUCAAUCGCGACGAUAAGGAUGCGCUCGAAAUCGUCCUCGGCCAUCUGACCAGCAGUGAUCUGGUGCAGGUAGUGCGCGUGUCGCGAACUUGGCGAGCGAUUGUUAAGAAUCACACCAAAAGCAAGCUACGAUUGCACAAGCAACUCAAGAGCGAUGCCAAAGAGAAAGAGAACAAUUAUGACGCUCCGGGUGGUGCUGCGUUUGCCAAGCAGCUGACUAAAGACAAUUCCCCUAACAUACUGUUCGCCGCAUCCGGUGACGGCACGCUACCGGAUCCGAAUCCACAGCCACCGGAUCUCGAAGGCGAAUCCCUUCCGGCGGAUCUAUGUGGCACAUUUUCAAGCAUCGCGCAGCGCCGGCCUUUCAAACCGUGUAACUCGCUAGACCGAAAUUGCAGCAGCAGCACCAGCCUUCUGGGGACUUCGUUUGCAUCUGCUUACUUGGGCAAUGUUUCGAUACCAGAAGUUCGUCGUCGAUCCAGUGUUUCGGGAGGGAUCGCGAUGGCUAAAUCGCACUCUCCACCCAUCAGCCCAUCGAAACGCAAAUUCUACAACAACCAAAAGGUUGCAUCUCAUCUGAAAGAAUCGGAACAGCUAAGACCUUGCCCACGGUGCGAGAGACCCAGCAGAAUAAUUUUCUCACGCAGCACAAAAGGUGGAAAUCGAUCAACGCGUGCGAAUGUGGUUGCGGCGCGUUUAGAUAAAUCAUACACGAUGCCUGAUCCGGACACUAAUGGCAACACCGCGAUCGCCGACGGCAGCGGAUAUAUUGGCGAGGAUCAAAGACGCAACGCAAGUACUGAAAAUGAUCACUGCAAGAGUACCAACUCUCCGGAUCGCAUACGGCGCAACCUGUUUAACACCAGCAGCGACAGCAACGGGUUAAUAACUACCCCCUCUGCGGGCAAACAAAAGCAUCAUGUCGCCAGUGGUCGCCAAAAUUCGUCUGAACCUGUCGUCGAUCGCAUGAAACUGCGCAGCAUGACAAGUAAUGGCACCAAAAGCGUGGAAUCAUCGUUGGCAGUGGCCGACGACACGGGUAACGAGUCCAAGUGUGACUACGCUAUCUGCAGCGGACAGAACUGUGGGUUCACGUUCUGUAUUCAGUGCCUGUGCGAGCAUCAUCCGGACCAUGUUUGCAUCGGUCUUGCCCCGAACUCACCCAGCCGGGAAGAACGGGGCCGACCGAAUGUGGCUUGCACCCGGCAAAGCCGUCGCUCCCUGCAACGACUGUGCAAGUAGCGGGACGAUGCAGGACAAUGAUCGUGAUCAGUGGACUCUGUGAAAACCAGUACAAGUAGUAAGCGAUUAUCGCUCCAUUCCAGUUCAUUUUUUCUAUGUCUUCAAUGUGUCCGUCUUUUUGAUACUUCAUGCUUUUUUGAUUCAUAUUUUGCGUACUUUUUGUUUUGCACUCCUUUUUUUCAUUUGUUUGAGGUUUUCCAUUCAAUUUUUGAUAUCAUUAUUUAAACUAAUAGAAUCCUCCACAGCUUUAGUCAUAAGAAAUCCCUAAGGACGGUGUUGUGACGAUGAGAGACGCGUGUCAGCGAAGCCAACGGACAGCGAAUAGAUAGUGAAAGUGGAAAAAAGAUAACUCAGACUUACAUCAGGAAUGGAGCAGAAGUUUCUAGAAUUUUACAGUGUUUGACCGUUCUUGGGACUUUUGGGAAGAUUCAGUGACUAAAAGAUGGAAAAGACAACAGCAUAUGAGAUUUCAGCCCCCAUGACCACGGUUUAGUAUUAAUCAAAUAGCACGUUUCGAGAACAUCGGCGAUGUAGACAACCAUUUUCUCAGGCCUCGAAUUUAGUUAGUUAAGUGUUUUUAAUUGUGCCCCUAGUGUCGCAACGGAGACGAAGAUUAGGUUGAGCCAAUGAGUUUCCUUCAAGUCGACCGGCAUCCAAAAUAAGACUUAGGUUUAGUUUUAUCUUUUAUUCCUAAGAACAAACAUAGCGACUGAGCAGUAGAGUGUCUGGAAAGACACAACCUCAAAAGAGUGCAGAAGAACCCCUUUUGAGCGAAUUUAUUUAAGUCGGAAUUUGGCAUAGUGAAUGGCAAACGGAACAGGUACUAAACACAGACAGGCAGCCAACAAGAAAGAGAACCAACGAAGCAAAGGUUUGUGCUUAAACCUGUUGAAAGUGCAUCAUGUCGUCACGUUUGCUGGUAUCCCACUUUAAUCUAACAUCACCAUCGCAAAG